CACAAGGUAAAUCAUACUCUGUCCUGCCUGGAUUGGAUAUAUCUCAUAAAACAAUCAUUUCCUAGAAAAUCUUGCAGUAUGAAAAUAGAUAUCCACAGUCACAUUCUUCCAACGGAAUGGCCUGAUCUCAAAGAGAAAUAUGGCUACGGUGGCUGGGUCCAGAUGCAUCAUCACUGCAAGGGGGAGGCGAAAAUGGUCAAAGAUGGGAAUGUGUUUCGCGUAGUUCAAUCCAAUUGCUGGGAUCCCGAAGUGAGGUUAAAAGAGAUGGAUCAAACAGGUGUGACCGUGCAAGCCCUGUCUACCGUCCCUGUAAUGUUCAGCUAUUGGGCAAAGCCUCAGGACACGCAGGACCUAUCCUGUUUCUUAAAUGAUGAUUUGGCAGCAGUUGUUCGGAAGCAUCCUAAAAGAUUUGUGGGCCUUGGAACAUUACCGAUGCAAAGUCCAGAGCUGGCCAUAGAGGAGAUGCAUCGAUGUGUGAAAGAGCUUCAAUUUCCAGGUGUACAAAUAGGAUCCCACGUUAACCAGUGGGACUUAAAUGCACCUGAACUUCAUCCCAUAUAUGCAGCUGCUGAAAAAUUAAACUGUUCCAUAUUUGUGCAUCCCUGGGACAUGCCGGUGGAUGGGAGAAUGUCAAAAUACUGGCUGCCAUGGCUGGUAGGCAUGCCAGCUGAGACUACCACCGCUAUCUGCUCCAUGAUUUUCGGUGGGAUAUUUGAAAAGUUUCCAAAACUUAAAGUUUGCUUUGCACACGGAGGUGGGGCUUUUCCGUACACCAUUGGCCGCAUUAAUCAUGGCUUCAACGUUCGUCCCGAUCUUUGCGCAAUUGAUAGCACGAUCCCUCCGCAAAAAUACUUGGGUUCAUUUUAUACAGAUUCUCUUGUACAUGAUCCACAGGCCUUGAAGCUUCUUGUAAAUGUAAUUGGAAAGGACAAAGUGCUCCUGGGAACUGAUUAUCCAUUUCCAUUAGGAGAACACAGCCCAGGGAGGUUAAUUGAAUCUAUGGAAGACUUUGAUGAGAAGUUAAAAGACAAGCUGCUGGCUGGAAACGCACUGGAUUUUCUAGGACUCAGCAGAAAACAGUUUGAAUGAAUCCAAUUAGGAUUGCAUUUACAUGUAUAUCAGAAGUGUGACCAUGGCAAGCGUCAAUCAAUCUACAUAUCACGAGAUUCCUUCUCUGCUAUCCUGUGUCUUUUAAACAAAGAGACAAUUGUUGGACAGGAGCAAUCACCUGGAAACAAAUACAAGGACACAAGUCACACAUCUGUUUAGUAAAUGAGUAAUGUAAUCAGCAUAUGUAAAUGGCACCUCCAGACUCCCAGCUAUUUGUAAUGGGUCACCCACAACAGACACUAAAAUAAUCAUAAGAAAGCAGCAGACAGUGCACCUGGCCAAUUAAAACCAGUGAAACCUGCAACAGUGUAUUUCCUUUGGUGCUGAGAACUUAAUCCAUUAAUGCCUACAACCACCAUGUUUUCCUGGACAUAUAUCUUGUCUUCCUGCUGAUAGGCAGUACAGGAAAAGCGUUACCAUUAUGUAUGAUGCAUUCACACUCUGCAGGAAGGGAAUCUGUUAAUAUAGGCAGCACAUUGGGGGAUCCAGUAGUUUAUUUAUGACUAGACCUCCUUCCUGCAGCUUAUGAAUACUGCAUACUGCAGGUCAGCACUUUUCCUGUGUAAAAGUAAUAUUUG